GAUACUAUUUGGACUAAAACAUUAUCACCAACUUAUGACGAUUAUACUAAGACAUUUACUUUUUUAUUUAAUAAUCCUGAUGAUAAUGUCAGUAGCCCUUUCAAUAAUGAUAAAUUAGUUUUUAGCGUAAGUUUUAAACGGGAGAUCAAAGACGAUGAUGAAGGUAAAAGUAUUAUUUGCAUAAAACUUUAUAGUUUUACCAUUGAAGCAUGGAAGCUUUGCUAUAUUUUGGAUGGUCUUAAAUUUAACAUUGACAUUUCAUCUUUGAAGAAAGGAUUUAGAUAUGAUAGGAUGGAUUGGUAG